GGCAACGCAAAAAGAAGAGGUAGCUAUAUAUUAUACCAAACGUAUUCCAAACAUGGCUGAAAGAUUAACGGAGCUAAAGCUCAACAACACAGCCGCGGCAGCCACUGUGGCCUCCGGCAGUGGCAGCGGCGGCGGCCAGUCUCCAAGGGGACGGUGUGUGGCGCCGUUUCUGUUGAAGACGUAUGAUUUGGUGGAAGAAGGCGGAGUAGCGGAUCAAGGUGAAGAAGAAGAAAGGAAGAGACCAUCAAUAGUGUCAUGGAACGAGGAAGGAGAUGGUUUCGUAGUGUGGCGUCCUGCAGAAUUCUCAGAGCUCAUCUUGCCCAGAUACUUCAAACACAAUAACUUCUCCAGCUUCAUCCGCCAAUUAAACACCUAUGGGUUUAAGAAAGUGUCAUCAAAGAGAUGGGAAUUCAAGCAGGAGAAAUUUCAGAGAGGUCACAAGAAGUUGCUGGCGGAGAUAACAAGGAAGAAGUGCGAGCCAAGUGUUUUCCCUCCAUACUUGAAAUCUUGUUCCGAAGAAAAUAAUAAUGCAGCCAUAGAUGAGGGAACCAAUCAUAAUGAUAGUGAUAAUAAUAACAAUAAUGAAUCAUUGCUACAGCAGAACCAAGAGCUGAAGAAGCAGAACCAGCAUUUACAAUCACAAAUUGCCCAUUUCAAACAAUUACAAAGCAGGUUGUUGCAAUGUGUCUCCCAAUAUAUGGGCACCCCACCAAAAUUAAGUUACCACUCUCCUUGA